AGCAAUUUUUUUUCAUCCCAUAAUAUCAUUCUCUCUCUCUCUCAUCUCAUCACAUCACACACGAUCUCAUGAACGAUCUCACUGUUUCUCAUUAACAAAACCGUUUAACCACUUAAUAAACACAAACACAAACACCAACACACUUAAACUGUGUUAUUAUUUUACUGCUAUACUUCUAGUUUUUCUGCUAUGCUUUGCUUUCUUUCUUUUUUUUUUUUUUUUUUUUUUUUUUUUUUUUUCCCUCUUAGUUUAGUUUCUCACACCGACUGUUAUGAACUUCCCACGUGGAUCUGAUGACCUCAUUCCACCAUGGAUCAACCUUCUCAUUAGCCUUAGCCUUCCUGGCUCAUCACCAUUAACCACAUAACACUGACAUGUCUUGAAACUUAAUACAAAGAAUUUGUUUUUUUCAACUUUUCUCAUCUGGGGUGCUUAUUCUUUUUUCUUUUUAAUGGUUUUGGAACUGGUUCUGAGAAUGAACAGCUGGAGAAAAACAACAAGGGAUUAAUAAGUAUUAUUUUUGUCUAAUGUAGACAAACUGUGAGAUCCAAGAGGACAAACAACAUAAUAUCCCAAAACAAGGACUCAGUCAUGUAUAGGCCUUUCAUGUCAUGUGAUGAUCCAAAAGGAGUUGUGGAGUGUGGGUCAAUUAGGAAAUACAGGACCAAUUCACAGAAGAUGAGGAAGGACAUGACAAAAGCCAGUGGCCGGAGGCCGGCCGAGGACACGGAGGAAUCAUUGACAAACAGAACAGACAAAGAAGAUAAGGUCUCAAAAGGGUCCAUAGAGAGAACUUUUGAUUCUUCAUCCUUGCAGCUCAUGGAGGUAUCGAGAGGAGCUCAAAGGCUAAACAACAUGAUUGAUUCAUGGUCUAGAGGCCUAAGUUAUGGUGGAAGGUCUGAAGAUAUUGCAAAAGAUUUGUUGAAAGGUGCUCUUGAUCUCCAAGAGUCUCUGGUAAUGCUUAGGAAGGUGCAAGAAGCUUCCCGAGAUGUGGCUCGUGCAAGGCGAAAACAGAGCGAGAAACCUGAGAAUGAGAGAAUUAUUGAUGAUAGAGCACAUUCCAAUAGAUUCAGUGAACAAAGCAAUUCAAUAGGAUUUCAAAGACCUUGGCCUAGUGCUGAUGGUUAUUCAAGUAGCAGCAGAGAGGAACUUAAGAAAGUGAUUAAGGAGAGUUUGGUUAGGCAAAAUCUGUUUCCAGGAACAAGCACUGAAGCACUGGAUUCGGCAUCGGAAAUGCAUUCAACAAGCUCGAGCCAAUCUUCCAUGUUUCAGAAUGAUAGGCUUUCUGAUUCUUCAUUCUCCCCAAUGAAUGCAAGGAAGGAAAAAGGGCCGAGCCUCGUUGCGAGGCUGAUGGGUUUAGAACAAGAAGAAGAAGUAACCUCAAGAUUGUUUCCAACUCUGAUGCAAAAACAGUUGGAGAGUGAAAAGAUUGUGAAUCAAAAAAGGCCUAUGUUUGAGGUGGAUAUGCCUAAGGUAAGAAAGACUAAUCCAAUUGUUCAUCCAGAAAGACAUAAGAGUAAGACUCUGAGGGAAAUCCUUGAGACUAAUCACUUCAAUGGAGUUCUAAAUAGUCCUGCAACAGAGAGAAAGCAUCAAAUGGCUCAUUACAUGCAACUUGAUGAUUUACCCCCAAUUGUGCUAAUCAAACCUCGAUGUACUCCUUGUCACGAAUUUGCCAGAGUCCAUGAGCCGGUUCCUUCAGAAGAUUUAUCCCUCAGAAAACUAAAAGCAAAACCAGUCUCUUCUGGAACAUUCAUGGGAAAGGAAAUAGAAGAACAUGUGUCCAAAAGGUUAUCCAAGGGAGGAAGAACCGAGCUACUCAGAGAGAUCAUGGAGCCGGAAGCAAAAGAGAUCAAGCCUAAUGAAAAUGAGAAGGCUCCAAGAGGAAAGGUGAAACUGAAUGGCAAUGUUAAUCACAAAUCACAGGAAAGUGAAACAGUUGAUAGAAAAGUUAAGGCCAAGACUGCUAGCAAAAUGCCACCGGAAAAGGCAAUUCUGAAACAUAAAAUUGUGACAAAAUCUCAGGAUCAAGGAGGAGAAAUCAGCUCCACAAAGUUGAGGAAGCCACAAAGUGGAUCCAGAAUUGACCUGAAUGACAUUCCUGGCAAGAAGAGUACUUCUUUAAACUCCAUCUCCAAAACAAAGAAUCAGAAAAUUAAUAGUUCCAAAGAACAGAUUAAGAAUCAGAUGAAGAAGCAAAGGUCUACUGCUGAGCCUGAAGCAGCUAAACCAGUAGAUGAACAACUAGCACAGAAAGAAGAAGAAAAGACCAUUGAUGUGCAGUAUAAAGAUGACUGCACCGAGAUUAGAAUCAUUGAUAUCAUAGCAGAUGAUCUUGCAAUAGAAGAUGAAGUAUAUUCCUCUACAAAUAAGAUUACAGCAGAAGAUUGUAAUCAGAGCCAGAGUUCUUCAGCAGACAACAUUAUGAUGCUAAAGACUGAACAUGAAAAUGGCAGUGAAGCCGAUAGCAACAAGCAUGACAACAAAGAGGAAGCUGAGCUGAAAUAUUUUCUUUUAAACAAUCAAUCAUUCAUUAACCAUGCCGAGGAACUCCUCAAUCUUGAUUUGGAUUGUCCUAAGAUGCUACCAAAAAUUGAAGCAGAUGGAAUAGCCAAUCCCAGACUCUACUUAGACUGCGCGAAUGAACUUGCAGAGCGCAAAAGCCUUCAAGAAUCACUAGUCCACCCUUUGCUGUUGCUGACCUCUUUAGGGAACUCAAGAUUUCACAUCUCUUUAGGAAGUUUGGUUGAGGAAAUCGGCAUAGCCAUUCGGAAUCUGUCAUCAUACAGUGAAAUUCAAUCUGGGAAGAAACUUGCUUCGGAUAAUAUCUAUGCAAUGAUGGAAAGAGAUAUAAAUUGCAAUUAUGGAAUGAUGAAUGGAAUAUGGAAAUGGGGUUGGAGGCAUGGAUUUUCUGCAGAUGAAGCUGAACAAGUUGUGAGUGAAGUAGAGAGCUUAGUGUUAAGUGGAUUAAUUGAGGAGGUACUUGUAAAUUUAUGAUUAACAUUACAUUUUUUGAGACAUGGAAAUUAUGAAUCCAUAGCCUUUAGAUAUUAGCAUCUUCAUGUGGAUUAAGGGCAAGAAAAGAAUACUUGGCUGAAGAAGUCACAUAAUUUUGCUAUGAAAAGCUAUAGUUCCUAGGAAAGAAUACUAAUACAUUUGGAUUGUUUAUAUAGUGCAUUUAUUCUUUGACCUUGCAUGCUAAUUUCAACCACAAGAGAUGGAAAUAAAAAAUAUACUUUCUACAUUCAUCGAAGAAGGUUCUGAACAUUGCAUGAUGAGUACUAUGAUAUAACGAAUCAUGAAAAUGUCAGGUACUUAGGAACUAUAAUUAGUCAGCUAAUAACAAUGGUACAAAAGAUUCUCUGAUACUCACCAGUCACCACUUAUACUAGCAACUUUUUAACAGCUUUUUCUAAUAGUACUAGGAAUUAUUUAAGGCUUUUUAUGGCAUGCAAAAGUCGAAAUCAUCAAAUAUAUAUGCCCUUGUAAACAUUACCAUGUUUUGACAUAGGUGCCAAACAUAACAUUAAGAUUGAGAAAGAUGGGUCUAAGGGUUUUGGCUUAUCCAAUACCU